AUGUCGUGGGACUUAUCCAUCUCCUCAAUCGUCAUCCUCAACGCUGUUAGCGUCUUUGGUCGUAUCCUCCCAGGCUUUCUCCCCGACAAAGUUUGGACGUUUCAACAUGAUGGUGAUAUGCACAACCAUGUCAGCUAUUCUGACUCUACAGUUUGGCUUCCCGGCAAGUCGAGUGCAGCAUUGCUCUGCUACUCGGCGUUUUUUGACUUCUUUUCCGGUUGCUACAUCUCGUUAACUCCAGCUCUUGUGGCUGAGGUGUCGCCGCCUUCAGAUAUUGGACAUCGCACCGGCAUACUCUAUUUCUGUAUCUCUGUUGGUGUUCUUGCUAGCAGUCCUAUUGCAAGUGCCAUCGUUGAGGCUAGUGAAGAGUGGCUUAAGCAAGUUGAACGUCUUGAAUACAAACUGAAUACCCUCCUUCACAUGCUCAUUCGUCCCAAGCGCUCUUCACUUGCUCAAGGAUUCCAUCUCGACACUUCCCAGGCUCUUAGCGCACACAUUUCGCCAAUGGCGGAUCCCAAGAUACAGAAAGAUCAGAAGGGUGAUAUACUCAGCAAGAAGGCACAUUAG